AUUUUCCAGUGGCGCAAGUUUUUUUUUUUUUUCAGAACAUAUUCUCCAACUCAAGUACGCCGGAUAAUGAGUGUAGAACUGGCAAUGCCAUGUACCGCUUACGUAGCGUGCUUAGCGUACCUGAUGCUGUUGGAUUGGAAGCUGACUGGGGAGGCUUAAAUAGAAAACAGCAGGAGAGGGAAGAAGGAGAUGAACUCAAGAAAAUAUAAAUAAAUACGAGCAAAAUGGGGAUUCAUAAUCAGUAACUGACGCCCGAGAGAGCUUUCCAUCAAAGGGAAUCCCAGCAGAGGAUCGCUGCUUGCAACUGCACCCCGUGGUUUAAAAUGAAGAAUGUCUGCGCUACCAAAGAGUGACCAGGAGGAGGUGAUGAUGGGAGCAGGAGGGAGCUGCCAGGGGGUGCUGUGGUUCCAUUAGCUACGUGGCGCCGGGCUGAGAUGUUGUGCUGAAAAAGAAACCGGGCCAACAAAUAACAAACUCAACCAGAACUCCUCUAUCCAAAAAAAAAAAAAAUAAAAAAAAAAAGCUUUACAUUUUAAUUUAUUUUUUGUUUUGUUUUGUUCUCUCCCUCCCCCUCAGUUUCGUCGGAUUUGUGAUUUGUAUGGCAGCGGUGUAACCGUGGAGAGGCCAGGGUAUCACAAGCUUAUGGAUUUUGAUAAGAGAGGAGGGAAGGGGGAGGCUGAGGAAGGGAAAAGGAUGUCCAAGGUAGCUGGAGGGAGGACUGGACAUGGCGGCCGGAGUUCAGGGUCUAACUCUGGGGUGCUUAUGGUUGGCCCAAACUUCCGUGUCGGGAAAAAAAUUGGUUGCGGGAAUUUUGGAGAGCUGCGUCUUGGGAAGAAUCUGUACACCAACGAGUAUGUGGCCAUCAAAUUGGAGCCAAUCAAAUCCAGAGCACCACAGCUGCAUUUGGAAUACAGGUUUUACAAGCAGCUGGGAAAUUCAGAGGGGAUUCCUCAGGUGUAUUACUUCGGCCCAUGCGGGAAAUACAACGCCAUGGUCCUGGAGCUACUGGGACCCAGUCUGGAAGACCUCUUCGACCUCUGCGAUCGGACGUUCUCACUUAAAACUGUGCUCAUGAUCGCCAUACAGUUGAUAACUCGAAUGGAGUAUGUACAUACCAAAAGCUUGAUCUACAGAGACGUCAAGCCAGAGAAUUUCCUGGUGGGGAGACCCGGUAGCAAACGGCAGCACACAAUCUACAUAAUAGACUUCGGGCUGGCCAAAGAAUACAUCGAUCCCGAGACCAAAAAACACAUCCCCUAUCGGGAGCACAAGAGCCUGACGGGCACCGCCAGAUACAUGAGCAUCAACACACACCUGGGGAAAGAACAAAGCAGAAGGGAUGACCUGGAAGCACUGGGUCACAUGUUCAUGUACUUCCUGCGUGGCAGCCUGCCGUGGCAGGGCUUGAAGGCUGACACCUUGAAGGAAAGGUAUCAGAAAAUUGGGGACACCAAACGAUCGACACCAAUCGAAGUGCUAUGUGAAAACUUCUCAGAGGAAAUGGCUACUUAUCUGCGCUAUGUGAGGAGGCUGGACUUCUUCGAAAAACCAGAUUACGACUACUUGAGAAAACUCUUCACUGACCUCUUCGACAGGAGUGGAUUCGUGUUCGAUUACGAAUACGACUGGGUCGGCAAACCACUACCCACUCCCAUCGGUCCCAUCCACAGCGACACCCCACUGCAGCCGAGCAGCAGAGACAAAGCACAACAGCAGACCAAAAACCAGUCGCCUGAGCUCCAAGGAACGUGGGAAUCCCAGCCCACUCCAGUGACCACUAGGGAGCUUCUGGGGUCUCAUCUCACAGCUGAUAGGCUCGGGGGCUCAGUGCAGGUAAUGAGCUCUACAAACGGGGAGCUGAACCCUGAUGAUCCUACAGCAGGACACUCCAACGCUCCAAUCACAGCGCCGGCAGAGGUGGAAGUGGCAGACGAUACAAAGUGCUGUUGUUUUUUUAAGAGGAGGAAGAGGAAAGGUCUCCAACGCCACAAGUAAACCAGAGAAGUGAUGCAUUCUGGUCACUGAACAAAAACAUCUCGCUGCUGCACCCAACCUGUGCACAAAGGAUCGUUCCCUUCCCACCUGCUACAUGGGCAACAAUACUUGUGGUUCCUUUUUUUUAAAAGAAACAAAAAACACACACCCACGCACAACGAAAACGUAAUUGGGGGGGGUGGGGUUGGAGGGAGGGGAUGGAGAUGCUGUGGAUUCUGAUGUAUCUUAGCAUCCACACAAGACAUUACCUGUACAAACCCAUCGAACAUGGGCAGGGGAAACGGGAAAGCCUGUUCCAUAGAGCUAGUCGUUAUUGUGGGAUCAAGUAAUGAAAUUGAACUGUAUUAAUGAUAACAACAAACCACCCAGAACAAAUCACUGCAAGAAACCGAAGACUUUCGUCAGAAUUGGAAGCUUUUAUGUAAAUUCUUUGUUCUUUUUUCCUUUUAUUGUUGUUGUUGUUGUUGUUAUUUUUUUCUAAUUUAAAUUGAAGUUGCAUUCAGUCCUGCCUCGGAGCUGGGAUGAAUCUGCUUCACUUUUUCAUGUGCAGUGCUCUGGAAUUGACAUUUUGUUUUGUUUUCUGUCGUCAAUGUGGACAUUGUAGCACAGUCACUGGCCUCGGGUACUGUGGUAAGAACGAGGGGAUACAAUAGAAAACCUCUCUUCUUAAAAUUGCACUUUUGAAAAAAAACAAACAGUACAGAAUUCUGGGCUUUGGGAUUAAUAAAAAAAACAAUAAAGACUGGUCAAGGAAGAUUAAAAAAUCAUGCUGAUCUCUUUACAAGGUCAGACAUCACUAAACACGUGUCUCUUUUAAAAUGUGUUAAACAGGUUCACAAACAUACCAGCAAUCUGAGUUCGGGUUCCGUUUAAAAUGUCUGAAGUCGCUUUCUCACUUAUUUAAUUUAUUUUUUUAAGUUUUUAAAGCUGGGAGUAAACCGCACCUUUUAAUAUACCCGACCGUAUAACCAGUCGGGUAUAUUAACAUAAGACAAAAAAAAAAAAAAAAAGGUAAUAAAAGUGACAUUGCUCUGUGCUGUAAGAGAGAGGUGAGAAGGCACUUUACAUAGGGAUUGAUUCAAUCUCCCCAGAGGUGGGUAAAACAUUAGCACAAGUUUGUGAAUUAAGUGCAAAACUUUUAAAGCUGGCAAAUGCAUCUACUGCAAAUGGGGUAGAAGUCACCCACCAUAGACCAUGUCAAUUGAAUGCUGUUCAAGCAUGCUUUUUCAAUGGGAGCAAACCUGCUGGGAUAUUCUAUCGCAAGUGGACCUAAUUCUGGGAAGCUGAUACAUAAACCACAUGAGUUAUAGCGUAGGUGCUGAAAAAAAAAAAGCUGUGUGAGAAUGAGUCUAGCAAAAAGACCCCUUUUGAUUGGCUUUGACCUCAUUAUUCUCCAUGUGGGGAUAGGCAAAUAUUGGCAGUGACAUUUUAAAGCUAGUUUAAAGAAACAUUUAGUUGACAUAAACUGAUGCUCUUGGUCCAUUUGAGCUGAAGUGAACCUGUUUUUGAAUAUGCAUUAUAGCCUCGUAUUAUCCAGACUAAUUGAGAUAGAGAGGUGUUUGCAUUCCCAUACUUGUGACUACUUUGUCAUGCAGCCUAUGCUUGACCUUGCUUUCUUUACACUAAGUGUUUAACUUUGUGUACCACAAAACUUUUAUGAGAGAGCUUCCUCUAUUCCAUGUUUGUCCUCCGUUAUCUGUAAGCCUGUGAUAUUUGUGUAAGAAAGUGCAAUACUGUGGCCAACCAGGCUGUUCCUCUGAUACUGUGUUAAACAGAAGUCAGUCGCCACUUCGUUGCGCUGCUUUUUAAAAUUUUUUAAAAAAAAGGAACUACACUAUGUUCUCUGAAUUUGUAACCUCCAGGGAAUUGUUAGUUACCAUGGUACAGUAUUUGUUCAGCGGUGUUUGCCAAUGCUGUGGUCUGUUAAUGGUUUGGUAGCAAGGAUUCUUCAACCCAGCGUGUUCAGUUUUGUUCAUGUGGUGGAUCUCUGAACCGGAGGUGAUGCUUCAAACACAUUGAUAGAUUUCUCGGUGAAACGGGUGUCUUGCAAUUUUACAACGCAUAUUUUAUAUUUAGCGCUUCUAAAAAUGAAAGCAAAAUGCAUUUUCAAUCUAAAAAAACCCAACCCUGCCACCUUUUGUUUGGCAUGUCGUUGUGUCUGGCGUGUAAUACAGAGGACAGCUGUGUAACUUAUUCUUAAACAGCAGUAAGGCAGGCGGUUAGAUCUCUUACAAUAUCGGAAUUGCAGUUUGACUGUGAGUGUGCUCCUUUUCACUGCAGUUGUACAGGUGAAUCUCGCUGAUAAAAGAUCUUGCUCAGAUUAGCAACGUGCUUAGUAGGUUCAUCUGUUAUAUUUCAUUCAAAAUCAGCAAUAACCCUUUGAAAACAA